GCCGACAUGCCAGUGACAACGACCUCUGGCGCCGUCGUCCGCUUGACGCAUGCGAGUUCCGGUGCCACCGCCGACGUGCAUCUGUAUGGCGCAACUGUAACAUCCUUCCGCCCUUCCUCGGGUGCCACCGAUGUCCUGUUCGUUUCAAAGAAGGCGCUCCUGGACGGCUCCAAGCCAAUUCGAGGGGGCAUCCCUCUUGUGUUUCCUCAAUUUGGUGCAGGAUUGGUGCCGUCCACGCUGCCGUCCCACGGAUUUGCGCGAACUAGCACGUGGACCUUGGUAGACACAGAGGAUUUUGUCGACUCCGUGGCCGCGACCUUUUCCCUCGCCACGACAAAACACCAGUUGGUUGCCUGGCCCCAUGCCGUGCGACUCUUGUACACGGUGACGCUGUCUCGCAACCGCCUGACGACGUCGCUGCACAUCACCAACACGGACACCGAAACGUGGGGAUGCCAAGCGCUCUUGCACACGUACUUCCUUGUCCCGGAUGCAUCCCCUUCCCUGACGUCGUCCGUUUUGCCCAACGUCGAGAUCGACGGCCUCGGGGGCGUCGAGUACACGUGCAAAGUUCGCAACGCAUCCCUCGUCGAGUCGCGCGCCGCCGUAACGAUCGCAUCCGAGACGGACAGCGUGUACAAGAACACGUCCGAGCGAUUGACUGUGCGUCUUGGCGAAUCGCGCACCGUUCGAGUGGAAAAGCGCGCGUACGUUGUCGGUGGCGGCGCCGUCCCGAGCGAUGCCGUCGUGUGGAACCCAUGGACGGACAAGGCACACGGCCUUUCGGACUUUGCCGACGACGAAUACCCCACGAUGCUGUGCGUCGAGCCAGGGGUGGUGACCCGUGUUCAAGACAUUCGUCCUCAUGAAACACUGGUCUUGACGCAAACGUUGAGCCUGCUGUAAGGCGCCCAUCUCCGAGUGCAUACCAAAGCAAUCUUUUAUACAUGGCGAAUAAGACAAUCGUCGUCCUCUGCUCUGCCGCGUUGUAUUUCUUGCAUGGGACGACGUCUCGGUUGCAGCCAACAUAUCGAUUUCAUUCAAAACCGAAUUGACUUUUCAUUAUGUUAACAGCUCAAGAAGGCUAUCAGCGCGCGUCGGCGCUCAGGAAU